AUGGAUCCGAAUGAUGGUCUAUAUCGGUUUUCUCCUGUUACAUUCAACGAUCAUGCGGGCAAGUUAUGGAUCGUGACGAUCUUGUCGCUGAUCUACACCUCGCUUAUUGCGCUGGCAAGGGCUUAUAUCAAGUACAAGAUGUUUGGGUUCGACGACGUUUUGUUUACUGCUGCGACGGUUUUGCAUUUGGCGCAGGCGAUUGCUGUUUUUAUUGGGUUGAGUAAUGGGCUGGGCAAGUUUAACUCGAUCACGACGACGGAACAAUGGGGGAUCUCUUCAAAAUGCACAAUUGCUUCCGUCAUUCUCUGCCUUUUAGCUCUUAGUCUCGCGAAAUGUUCGGUUCUCGCCCUUAUACAUCGCAUCAUCAGCUCCAAGCCGGGAAAGAACAAGAUGGUCUGCGUGGCGCUCAUGGUGUUCACUGGGCUAUGGGGUAUUGGCUCAAGUUUGGCGUGGCUUGUGAACUGUCGCGCUGGAACUUUGUUGACUGUGAAUAACGUCAAACAAUGCCCAGAUCAGAGCGCACGCUGGGGCGUCAUCACAGCGAUCGACAUCCUGACCGAAAUCCUCACCUGGCUCCUCGUUCUUCACCUCUCGUGGUCCGUCAACAUCUCCUUCGCCCGAAAAUGCCAAGUCGUCACAGCAUUCUCCUUCCGAAUCCCACUCAUCGCCAUAUCCUCCGUCCAUCUCGCAUACUCCCAAACAUACCCAUCCUCUCUCGAACCUCAAUUCGCCGUUACAAACACCCUCAUCUGCCAACAAGUCAUGAUCGCAUGGUCUCUCAUCUCCGCGACAAUGCCCAACCUGAAGAACUUUCUCAAGUCAUUCUCCAUAGGCAUGGGCUUUCCGGUGGCAUUCGACUUUACAAUGUCGGGUUCAAGCAAGGCUUAUGCACUGCAAUCACUACGGAACAAUCGCUCUACGAAUGCGGCUUCGGCAACGGCUACAACCCAUAGUGCAAAUUGGAGACCUGAUCAGGUGUCGAACCAGACUACAGCGGCACAUAGAUCGAGUAGGAGUAAUAGCCGCGAUGUGUCGGAGGAGGGAUCAAUUUCAAGAGCUGGGAGUCAAGAGUUGAUUAUUAAUAAGGAGGUCGCGUGGAAUGUCACGUACGAGGACCAUCAAGAUGUAUUUACUAAGCGAUAG